GUUACUGAAGAUGAAAAAGUCUCUACUGUGAAGGAACUUGUGUCUGAACGACUGAACAUACCUGCAAACCAGCAGCGGUUGCUCUACAAAGGAAAAGCACUCGCAGAUGAACACAGACUGAGCGAUUACUCCAUCGGACCGGAGGCUAAAUUGAAUCUGGUUAUCCGUCCUGUGGGGGAGAGGAGUGCAGGCCCUGGGGUGGCUGGCAGCAGCACUCAGGGCGGAGUGUGGCAGACUGUGUCCAUUAUACUGGCCAGACACUUCAGUCCAGCAGAUGCAGCAAAAGUCCAUGAACAGCUUAUAAAG